AUGCGACGAAUCCUGCAACCCCCAACGUAUGGCGUGAGUGGCCUUUUCGCCAUGGCGAUUAAGAGUGCGACCGGGUUGCGGUCUGGCACUGGCACCUCUCUUGCAAGCAGGCCGAUGACGCUUCAUGUCUCCGUUCGUGCGCAGGGAGGCUUCGGCGGUGGUCGCCCUGCCCGUGGGCAACGGGGUGGUGGUGGGGGCGGAAAUGAAGGCAGGGACAGAGGAGGCGGAGGCGGAGGCGGAAGUGGAGGUGGAGCUGCUCAAAGCAAAGGCGGAGCGGCACGACGCACGGUUAUCAACAAAACAGGCGAUGGUGAGCUUAGCGACUUCACGCGGAUCGUGAUGCGGGAUGACUCACACAUUCUCAAGAAUAUUGUCAAACACAUUCCGCAGAAUGGUGCCAUUUCAGUGAAGAGUCUCCACGCGCAGCUCUCACCUGAUGUGCAGGAAGCGAUUGCAGAGAAGUACGAUGGUCUCAAAAACUUCCUGGAGCAACGCAAGCAACUUUUUGUGGUGAAAACAAAUCCUGCGGAUGGUGUUUUGUACGCCGCAGCUACUCCUUUGGCGAUGCAGAAACUUGUUGCGCGCGAGAAGCAAAGAGAAACGAUGCAGGAAAUGUUGGGGAUAAACAGUCCUGCUGCUAGCGGAAAACGUGGCGGACGCGGCGGUAAUCGUGGCGGCGGUGGCGGCGGCAAUCGGGGAGGUGGUGGGAACCGUAAUAAUCGCGGUGAUGGCGGUGGCGGUGGCGGUGGCGGUGGCGGUGGCGGUGGCGGUGGCGGUGGCGGUGGCGGCGGCGGCGGUGGAAGAGGUGGAUUUGACGGUGGCGGUCGUGGGGGUUUUAGGGGACGCGGAAAUGGCGGCAGGAUAGGCGGUGAGAGUCGUAGCUUUGGCACGCAGGGGCGUCGCUGA